GAAGAGGCUGGCAGCAGGGUCCAGAUCCCCUGGGCUCCUGCUGGCUUAACUCUCCCUUCCUGCCCUCUGCCUUCCCCAGAGGGGCUACAGAGGUCUGGAAACAUGUCUAUCCAUCACUGCCUCUCAUUCAUUUACUUCCUUACCCACCCACAGGAGGGGCCCUGGCCAGGUGCUCUCAGACCUGGGGCUGUUGUGUUUGUGGACAUCUAGGGCAUGAGGGGAGGAGCCUUUGCUACCAGAAUCCAGGUAGGGUAGGGGUCAGGGCUGCACAGGCCUGUCAGGCAAGAGUGGCCAACCUCCCAUGCCAGCCUAGGCUACCCAGCCACUCACUGUGGAGACCCUGUCCUGGGGCUGUGGCGAGGUGAAGUGCAGGAGCUAAGACAGGCCCCCAGAGGCUUCCCCAUGCCAUGGCCUCUGGUGAUACACUGUGUGGCCCUCAGACAGCUCUUUUCCCCUUCUGAGACUCUCCCCACCUGCUGGCUCCCAUAGCCCAGCAGUGACAGGCACCGAGCAGGAAUGAAGUGCCCCCCACUUCCUGGCCACCAGCAUGGAUUUGGACCAGUCUCCCUAUGACUCACUAACUGCUUCUUACAGCCCCACCUCAACCUUUGUGCUCUUCUCCUCACUCACAUGGAGACGUAUUCAGUGGGGCCACUUCCUUGGGCCUCCCAAAUUCCCAGGGUCUGUGACCCAAGUGCUCUCAGGGCACAGGAAUGGGCUGGGUUGUUAGCUGCCACUGUGGGGGGUGGGGAGUGUAUGUGUGUGUGUGUGUGUGGGGGGAGGGCUGGACCAGAAGCACCGGUUGGGCGGCCUAGGCCACUUCCUCUCUUUGUUGUCCCCAGCUUUCUUUUUCUUCUAAGACCUCACUUGAAGCAGUUCUGGAAUCACUGGCAAGACGCUGAGCCUGACCACUGCCAAGAUGAUCCUGAUACUGUUGCUCAGCCUUGGGGGGGCCCUAGGCUGGGGGCUGCUGGGAGCAUGGGCCCAGGGCCCCCGUACCACGUUCCCUGAUCCACACAGCCCCAGGCAGCCUGGGGUCUGGAGGGCAGAGGCUGAGGACAUCAACAGGGACCCCAUCAGACGUAACUGGUGCCCCUACCAGAAGUCCAGGCUGGUCACCUUCAUAGCUGCUUGCAAAAUGGAGAAAUUCCUCAUUCACUCACAGCAGCCAUGUCCACAGGGAGCUUUGGACUGCCAGAAAGUCAUGUACCGUGUGGCCCACAAGCCGGUGUACCAGGUCAAGCAGAAGGUGCUGGCCUCCGUGGCCUGGAGGUGCUGCCCAGGCUUUGCUGGCUCCGACUGCCAGCACCAUGAUCCUGCUGCAGUUCCUGAGCCUGCAGAUCCAGGUGAUGGCUUCCAGGAGCAUUGGGAUGGACCAGUUGGCUUUGAACCUGGCCACCCAGCUGCAGAGACUAGCAACAUCAUGGUGCCACAGGAACACCUGCUGAGAGAUCUCCAGAAUGACAUUCAUCACAUAAGCAACCUCACAGCUGAAAUGACCAAGGCAAAUCAGGCAGAUCUUGAGUUUCCUGGCAGAUCCUUGGAGCAAGUGCUGCAUUUCAGCCCCAUUUGGAGUAGCUUUAACCAAAGCCUGCACAGCCUCUCUGAGGCCAUAAGAAACCUAUCUGUUGAUGUUGAGGCCAACCGACAGGCAAUCAAGAAGGUCCAAGACAGCACUGUGCCCAGGACUGACUUCCAGGAGCUUGGUGCCAAAUUUGAGACCAAGGUCCAGGAGAAUGCCCAGAGAGUGGGCCAGCUGCAGCAGGCCGUGGAGGAGCGCCUGAACACCCAGAACCUUUCCCUGCAUCAUUCCCUUUCUGAGGUCCAGGCCAAUGUGGACACCAAGUUGAAGAGGCUCCUUAAGGCCCAGGAGCACCUGGGGUCCAAUGGCAGCUUGGUGGCAGCAGCAGCAGCAGGGGCUGGGGCAAGGCCGGAGCCAGAGAGCCUGCAGGCCAGAUUGGGCCAGCUACAGAGGAACCUCUCAGCACUGCACUUGGCCACCAGCCACAGGGAAGAGGAGUUACAGAGCAUCCUGGCAGACAUGAAGGCAACUCUUGCCCGGCACGUGGAAGAGAUCAGGGAGCUGUAUUCUGAAUCUGAUGAGACCUUCGAUCAGAUCAGCAAGGUGGAACAGCAGAUGGAGAAGCUGCAGGUGAACUACCAGGCGCUGCGUGAACUGCGAGUGAUGUUGAUAGAGAAGUCACUUAUCGUGGAGGAGAACAAAGUGGAGACUGACCGGCAGCUCCUGGAGCUCAACCUCACUCUCCAGCAUCUGCAGGGUGGCCACGCCGACCUCAUUAAGUACAUCAACGACUGCAACUGCCAGAAGCUCUCUUCUGGCCUGGACAUUGUCCAGGAGGGCCAUAGGAACACUAUGUACACCCUGCAGGACACCCAGGUGAGCCUGGACCAGAAGCCCCAGUGGGACAACUCCUCCCUGCAGGCCCUAAACCACACGGUGGCAGCCAUGUUGGGGGCGGUGGCUGAACUCCAGGCAGAAGGCGAGCAGGCUCGUGCUGACCGAGCACGGAUCCGGACCCAGCUUCAGGCGCUGAGCAGUGAGGUGGGCACGCUGAAGGCUGCCGAGGGCGAGCUCUGGCUUGAGGCCCGCCAGCUGCACAGCUCUUUUGCGGCCCUGAUGGAGGAUGCGCUCAGGCACGAGGCUGUGCUAACCGCACUCUUCGGCGAAGAGGUGACGAUGUCUGAGGAGGCACCUGGCCCGCUGCCCCUGCGCUAUGAGGAGAUCCGCACGGGCCUGCACGAUGCGGCCAGCGGGCUGCAUGAGCAGGCGCUUGGCUGGGCUGCGCUGGCUGCCAGGGUGUCAGCCCUGGAACAGGCGGCAGUGGGUGGCGGGCAGGGUCCAGAGCUCCUGGAGCCUAGCCACGAGGCGGCGCCAGAGGAGGCCGGUGGGACCAACCCCGCAGGACUGGCACCAGAACUCCAGCGCCUGAGCCCUGACAUUGAGCGGCUGGGGCCGUGCUGUGAGGCCUCCUGGGCUGCCAACCUCCACAGCUCCCUGGAGAGCCUCCACAGAGCGCUCUCCACCACCCAGCAAGGCCUGGAGCGCCAUCAGCAGCUCUUCCACAGCCUCUUUGGGAACUUCCAAGGGCUUGUGGCAGCCAAUGUCAGCCUAGAUCUGGGGAAAUUGCAGGCUAUACUGGGCAGGAAAGGUAAGAAGCAGCAAAAAGGUCUUGAAGCUUCCCAGAAGAGUAACAAGAAGCAAGUGGAACCUUUGGUCGACACCCUGGGAGCAGACCUCCGCAAGGCAGGGAUUGCUGUGGCCUUCUAUGCCAGCUUUUCAGAAGGGAUGGCCACUCUGCAGACAGUGAAGUUCAACACUACUUAUAUCAACAUUGGCAGCAGCUACUUCCCUGAAGAUGGCUAUUUCCAAGCCCCUGAGCGUGGGGUCUACCUGUUUGCAGUGAGCAUUGAAUUUGGCCCAGGGCCAGGCAGUGGGCAGCUGGUGUUUGGUCACCAUCAGACCUUUGUCAGUACCACUGAGGAGCACAGCGGUGGAAGCACAGCAACUACCUUUGCUAUGGCCGAGCUGCAAAAGGAUGACAGAGUGUGGUUUGAGUUAACCCAGGGAUCAGUAAUGAAGAGAAGCCCAUCAGGCACUGCAUUUGGGGGGUUCCUGGUGUUCAAGACCUGAACACGGGACACAGCUGACCAUACGUUGUGGACUUGUCCAGCUCUCUGUGGCCUGGGGCUCUGACCAGGGUUGGUCUGAAAACCAUCCAAGUUGGUUUCGGUAUUUCCUGGAAACCUGUGAAGACAAUGGGCCUCCCUCUAGAUGCACUGGGUUUGGGUAUUUCUUAGCAGUGAGGAGGGCUGGAUUCUCCUCUCUGGACCAGUGAGUGUGAAGCUUGGUUCGGGUGCCUUCUGAGGCAGCACAGCUUGGACUUGAGCUCUUUACUUCCCUGUAUACUCCAGCCUCUGGUAUUUGGCUCCUCCUGUGGUUGACAACUUCUGUACAACACUAAACCUUUUUCCCACUUCCUCAUAUCCCUAAUCUUAUGCUAGAAAAUCAUUCUUUCCCAGAAGGAAUCUGUUUAAAAUAGAGGUGCCAAUUUGGGUAAUACUGGAAACCACUCUCCAAUCACUACAGGGCAGCAGGAGAAAACCAAACUGGUCUCAGUCAGAAAUGAACACAAAGGCCUGGCUGAGUUAACCAAGGGCAAUGCAAUUAGCAUUUUUUCCUUAGUCUCAGUCCUUCCUUGAAUUUAUCUGUAACUUUAACUUCACUUCUUUCUCUCCUUGCCUCAUACAGGAUAAAGGCCAAGGCAUGCCAGACAUGAACUAAAAUGUAUAUAACUUCCCCCUUUUUACUUCAUCCAAUGUCUUGACCACCCUAAUUCAUAUUAGCAUCUCUCCCAGGAAGGGAACUGAGAGAGGAAGUGAAAGGAGACUGUAAAAAUCUCCUUCAAUUUCAUCAUCUCUGGAAUAAAACAAUGUCCUUGAAAUCUCUGCCUGGUUUACUUAUAGAGAGCAAAAGAUUUGGCAAAGUAGGCAGAAAUGUGGGACAGAAUAAAAACUAUUUGUGAUAAAUGUGACCUUCCUUCUCCUAGGCCAUAUUUUACUUCAAAAUUUUAGUUAAUUCUACAUAAAACACAGAGUCCUCCACAGUAGGUACUGACAUUAUAAUUGAAUUAGCACAGCUCAGGGUUGCAAUUAUUCCUGCAAUACCAAUAUAUGGUUUUCACAAAAUUGAAGGUCCUAGAGCAAACACGCUUGAGAGGGCAAUCAUCUAGUCGUCAAAAAAUGUUUUAUUUUUGUAGUAGGUGUUCAGUAUUUGUUGAAUAUAUUCUUCUUCAUAAGAAAAUCAGAUUGGGCUGGGUAAUGAAAAAGGACAGGAAUUGGUUGUCAAGGUUAACUAGGUUUCAGCCCUUCUCAUUUUUUCUAGGGAUAUUAAUUCAGACUGUCCCUCAGAAUUUAUGUACCACUAAGGUUGGUGUGCUCAAGGUGUUGCAACAUCAGUGUUAAAAGGAACAGUAUGCUAGGCCACUCUGCCACUGAUGGUUUGACUUUGGUCUAAAUCAUCUUGCUCUAUAGUAUGAGGUGGUUAGUCUAACAGCUCUUGCUUGACUCUCACCUACCUGCCCUUCCCUCUGGCCAGGGUCUCUUACCCAGCUCCUAGUUGCCAAGACCAAUUCUACCCCCAAGGCAUGAUGCAUGUGGGCCUCUCCUGACCAAGAUUGGAAGGGCAGUACUAGGUUACCCUUGCUGCUACAAAGACCACACUGUGUCUUCUUUCUGCUCAGUAUGGCUUUUAUUGGUGAGGCUGUACUGAUGACUAAGUGGAAACAUUAAAGUAAUGCAGUCUUAUCAUUUAAGAUUUUCACUUGGCAUGUACUGCACUUAAUAAGCAGAGUGAAGUGAAUUGAUCUCUAUAAAGGGCACCUGUCCUACAGUCCUCAUAAGGCUGGUGCUCUUGCAGAGGAAGAUUAUAUAUAGUUCUAACUGGUGAGCUCUGCCAGCAACACAAAUGAGUCACUCCAGCAAAGUUCCUGGGAUAACUAGAGAAGCAAUGGUUCUUUUAGACAGGGUGCUUCCCAUGCAAAUUUCACCAAAUCUUAAUAUCAAGUUUAAGUGCAAAUCUUCUGUUUUAACACUUCUAUAAUCAGGACUCCAGAUCAGCAUGAAUUCUGAAAUUUGAUAGAUUUCUUAUCUCCACUAAAGCCUCUAAUACCUCUGGGUGGAGACUUUUUCACUGCCUUCAAGUAGAUGCCCUGUUACCCCCAGGUCAAUGUUAAAACACCCUUCACUUAUAGCAUCCUGAACAAGAUGGCUACUGAGCGCAGAGUGGUAUCAUAUCUCCCCCAACUAGAUGGAAAAAAAUUCAAAAUAAUCACUGUAAAACAAGAAUGGGUACCAUAAGAAGAUCAGUAAGUUUUAGUAACUCCUAAAAAGUAGGAAUUAGAAAAAUAAAGCAGCAAUAGGAAAUCACAACCCCAAACAUUUGAGAGCAUUGGAGAAAUUAGAGUGAUUUUCAGGAGGGUCCCAAACUACCACUCAGUCCAUCGAACACUUGGGGGCGUCAGUGAAGGGGCGGUCAAGGAAGCAGACUGUCAGUCCUAAUAUCCUGGUCUGUGCUGAGCAGCUGGCAGCAGUGUCCUUUGUCUUCCAAUAGAGCCUUGCAGUUCAACCCAGAGCCCCAAGUCGGGGUAGUUGCUGACCCUCUGAAGGCAGGAAGCUCCCACACACUGACAAUGCUUGUAACCUUACUGAAAUCAAGAGCCAAGGGAGUCAAUCCAGAGAAAUCUCUAUAAAGUACAACAUAAUGUCAAAAUAACUCCUGAUCUUUUAUUUCAGUAACACCAUGAAGGGGGUACACCAUUCAUAAACAAUGUUUCUUAAAGCUCUCCUCUCCUCCCCUGAAGCUGCUCUGAUAUCCCAUGUUUAUCUUGAAAACAUCAAAAAUUUCUGAGCACCACCCCCCACCCUCCUCCAUCAAGAAGCUCCCCCAAACCUGGUUUGACAAGGACAAAACUCUUCGGGGUGGUGGGGUGCAUGAAGGAAGUAAAUAAAUGGAGUAAGGGAAAGCCUAGAUCCUCUUGAGUAGGCAAGAAGAACGGGAAGCAUUACUUAUAGUAUUUGCUCAAACAGCUAUUAUCCUCUCACUCCCUGGUU